AUGGGCCAGAUCUUUGAGCUCGCUGAGAUGGGUCUUGAGUUUGCGCACUAUGCCACUGUGCCACAGCCUCUCAGUGUAAAAAGAAGGCUGGAGCUGGAAGCAGGAGAAACCCAGGACCUUCAGGAUGGAGACAGGACCUCCAAAUCCAAACAACUGGUGGCUCCUCUGUCCCAAACACCAGGGAAGGCUCCCUCCGCCAGUCCCAUAGCCCGCCGGUCGAUAUGUGAGAAAUCUCGUUUUGAAACGUCUCUGGGUUUGUUGACGCGGAGGUUUGCAGACAUCAUGAGGCGCUCUCAUGACGGCGUCGUGGAUCUGAACUUCGUCGCCAACGAGCUCAACGCCCCGAAGAGACGCCUCUACGACGUCACCAACGUCCUGGAGGGGAUCAAACUCAUCAAGAAGAAGUCCAAGAACUACAUCGAGUGGUUGGGGGGUGAGGUGAACUCAGCAGCAGAUGUGGAGCUGAAGGAUCUGGUGGAGCAGGAGAGGAUCCUGGACGAGUUGAUCCUCAGCUGCAGGAGGCAGGUUCACCGGCUCUAUGAGGACCAGAGCACUCAGAAGUUUGCCUAUCUGACCUACGAGGACGUCCAGCAGAUUCCCAGCCUGAAGGAGCAGACUGUGAUCGUGAUCAGAGCUCCAGCUGAGACAAAACUGGAGGUUCCCCACCCAGAGGAGAGUCUGCAGGUUCACCUCAGCAGCACUCAGGGUCCCAUCGAGGCGUUCCUCUGCUCUGAAAACUCCCUCCCUUUGGGGGCCACGGGGAACUACUUUCACUCCUCCUCAAACGGAAAGACCUCCACCCCCUUCGUGCCUUAUUCACCUUUCGUCCAGGUGUCUUCCAAAGACAAAGAUAACCGUACCUCGGGACUCGAUAAUACCUCCAACACGCCGUCCGGACCGACCCUAAACUCACCUGCAGUCUCCCCUGCAGUCUCCCCCAUGCAAACCUCCCUCCAAUCCCAGAGUUUUGUGACCCUCACCCCCCCCUCAGCGUUCUCCAUUGACGGGGGGGAGUACAUCCUGAGUCUGAAUGAGGAGGAGGAGGGCAUCACUGACCUCUUCUCUUCCUUUGAACUGGACCAUUUGCCCAUGGAUGUGCCGAUUCUGUGAACAGCUGAUCUGGAAGUAAAGUCAUUUUGGAGACCGGGAUAUCGUGGAGGAAAUAUAAAAAAACGACAGAAGAGAUUUCUAUUUUGUUACAUCCUGGACGAUGUGAUUUACUGACACUCAGGUACGUGGAGGAGAUCUUUUUAUACCCUCCUUGUUGACUUCAGGACUCACGCUGUUCUUCGGGAGUCAAUAAGUGUCCUUCAGCAGAAUCUGAGCAUCGCUGUCUCAACACGGGACUAUUUCUUGACCUUUGACCGGUCCCUGGUAUUCAUUUUUUUUAAAAAAAGGACAUUUUGUGUUGUGGUCACAUAGGAGCCUUCACAACAAGCACUGAUCGUUUGGAGUUUAGUGUCAAGAAGUGUUGAUUAAAAGCGUUUAAAAUGCAAAGAA